AUACCAAGCAUCACGACCCAAACCUCGUUCCGUGUCCUCGGAGUAACGAAAGUAAAAAGUCGAUCGUAUAAUACUGACCUCCUGGAACUGCCAUUUCCACCAUCUUCUUUUUCUCCUUGCUUGCAUGGUCAACUUACUGGUUUAACAAGACAUCCCUGAGAUCCCAGCCAUCCUCGCCAUCGAGACCCAUAAUCAACAUGCGUCGUUUCAACUGGAUCCUAUCUUUCUGCUUUGCUAUACUGGUCUUUGCAACAUUCGCACUCGCCGGCCCACUCUCUGAGACAUCGUCUCCGAACCCUGCCAACAGGCUUGUCAAACGCUCAGCCUGCAGCAACGGUAUCAAGACCAACUGCGGUUCUGCAAGUGUAGGAUGUUCCGGAUCUCAAUGCACCGUUUGCUGUGGCACGUGUUGCCAAUGUUUCACUUCUCCUCGCGACAACUCUUGUGGUAGUUCAACGCCAAUUGUGACUCCAAACUGCAGUGGCAAGUGCGGUUCAGGAGGUGCUUCCUCUUUCUCGUCUACAGGACGUGGCUCUUCCACCUCUUCUGGGACCAUUAAAAACAGUCUCCUUUGUCGCUUAUUCAAGGUUGGAUGCUAGUUUGUAUGGGGUUUCAAGUGGUAGGAACUCAAAUUGCAAGCAAGGAACAGUCCAGCCACAAUAUGAUUGACCUAAGUCCUGGUACUCAAGUAUGCAAAACUCUGUAGAAAGUC